UCAUGUUAGCAAAGAAUAUCAGGGGCUCUGGAACCCCUUCGCCUACAAACUGACUUCAUGCCGGACUGCCGUCAGUACGCCAUACUCAAUUGGGCACCACCUACCGCUUAGUACCCAUCCGUCCUACCUCGGUCUCGCUUUUGGGAUCGUGCACAUACACUCCUGAACAGCUCUGAAGUUCAGAUUCGACGUACAAACCUGACUCGCCAACCCCCACAGUCAUGUCGAAACACGACCCUCCAUGACUUACGAGCACUAGAUAUUGGAUGCUGUGAUGCAACCUUCCUUUUCGAAAUGACCAUUCUGCUGUUGAUCGGCCGAGAAUUCUGUGUUGCACUCGCGUCUCUAACCUUCUGUGAUCUGAUCGGACUACGGAAUACUUUCGCAGCGUUUGUUGGCAUUGGUGCUGGUCGGGCGCUUGGUCACCUCAAAGGAUCUAACAGUCCUGAUCAGCCCUUGCCUAAUGUCCUAGAAUAUACACUUACACAGCACAACAUGAAGCGCAGCACAAGAAUCUUGGGGAGGAGACCGUUUAAAAUUUAUCUGCUAGCUUCAGUGGCACCAGUAUUUUUCGAUCGAAAGCGACUAGGUACAGUCCAGUUCCGUCUCGGGAAAUACGGUUUUGACCCCUGAAGUAGUUCUUGAUCGUACCAGGUUAAGCGGUUGAGAACAGAUAGUUCCUCAAAGAGACGAAUGGUUUAGUGCAUGCAAACAACAGCAUGGGGAUAUCCAGUCGAACGACUCUUGGGUCGAGAGAAGAAAUGGACUGUUCAGACAGUGGCUGGACCCGGAUACCUACUGAUGGACAAUUGGACUCUUGUUGACGAUAAGAUAGGGUAGUUGUAUGAUCUCAAGCCGAGUACUCGCCGCGUGUGCCAUUCGCCUACGGUUAGGUGACGAUGAAAGUCAUCAUUCGGAUGCUGUUGUAAUGAAGAUCGAAGAAGGGCAGUACUUUGCGAGAGAAAGUGGGGCAAGCUAGCGCUAUUUGCCCCACCAUAGGUCAUGUUGCGUCUGU